CAUUUUGACUCCAUGUCAAAGUUGACACGAAUGAACUUUGACCUAUAAAGGUAUAUUAAUAGUUGAAUUCAGGUCCAACUCAACCACAGCAACCGAGCAAAGGUCACCCUCAACAAACAGGUUCUCAAACCAUCGAUACGUCCACUAUCGUACCAAGAUGAUCUCGUUCAAGCCCGUCGCUAUUCUACUGCUUGCCUCGUCGUCGACAACAGCCAGACCCGACCGCUGCAACAUUCGGUUGGACAGCAGCGACAACAGCUGCAUUUCCAACUGCAUGAGUCAAUCUGCGGCCGAUAAUAAUAGUUUUGUCUGCGAUGAAACGGUACCCUGGCUGCAUCACCGCGGCGGUGAUUCCCAUUGGAUGAAUGCCACGCCUCCUCCUGGAACGGGCGUCCACGUCUAUUCCGUCUUUCAAGGGAGUCCUCCCUGUGCACGAAAUGGACACUGUGCCGCCUGCGGUCGUACUCCGGGUACCCGACUUUGCUCGGUACGAAUCGAUCCCCAAGACUGUUCCAUUACUUGCAACGAGGAGGAUUCGGUGUAAGAAGAAGAAGAGCAAGUCGAGAAAUCACGCACACACACACACACACAAGUUAAGAGAGAAGCAGAGAGAUCGAAGACUACUACAAUAUAAGCAAUCCACUACCAGCAAGGAUGACCAUCAAUUUAGUUGGAAGAUUAUUCAAGAUUAGCCGAACCCUCCACCAACCAACCAGUCAACCAUGACGAGGGAACUGUAUCAGGUCAGGAAACACAGAAAAGCCAGUACUGCGACGACAGAAAGAAACUCCUUCCUUUGAUUGAGGAUCCAUUUGCAUGUCUUUAGAUUCAUCCCUGUAUGCGUAAGAAAUUAGCAUCAAACAAACUUUCAAGAUUCCAAUACAAGUCUGCCUCGGAAGCCGGGGA